AAGGCCUUCGUUUGAGAGAGCGAAGGGAGAGAGAGCAGCAGGGCUUCACUGUGAUGCAAAGAAGUCAUGCGUUGAAGCGAUGCAAUGCCUACUUAAACCCAAACCCUCCUCACUUCUUCUCCCCAAAACCCUAACCCUAAUUCCUUCAUCACUUGUACCAAUUUCUUCUUUUUCUUCUUCCUUUGUUUCUCACUCAAAAAUUUCUCACUCUAACCAUGUUGAGGAAACUAGCCUGGUGUAUCAGCAAGCCCUGAAAUUCCAGCGCCCCACUGUGAUAAAAUGCGAGAAAGGGCUUCGGAAUUCGGCUAAUUUUAUAGGAACCAUUGGCGUUCCUGUCCAGAAGUCACCUUCGGGGAAAGGCGUCUUCACUAAAAUUGGAGUCGAAUGCUCUGGAAAAUCCAACCGUAUGAUAUGGAUUCUUCUAGAGAUGAGAGCUAAACUGGCAGAAAUAGCAUUACAGCAUUUGCAGCCUUUGGACCUUGUAUAUGUCUCUGGUCAUCUAACUUCUUCCCCCAAGGAUGAUGCUCAGGGUCUUUCCCAGAGAUCAUAUAAGGUCCUUGUAAAUGAUCUAAACUUUGUUAAGCGUGACAUUCAAGAUGAAAUCUACCGCAAAGACAUGAAUUUAGAGCUGAAAAUAGAGAGUAAAAUGCCUUCAGGUGCGAAGGAUCAAGACAAGGAUAGAGAACGACUGCAUUUAUGGCAAUUUUUUUUGGCUGACCCCUCAGAAUGGUGGGAUAACAGGGGAUGCAAGAAGUAUAGGAAUGGUGCAGAUUUUGUACACAAGAACACUCGUGAAAAAUUGAGAAUCAUGCCUAAUGACCCACCCUGGGUGAGAUCUCAGUUGCAGCGUCUGGACCUCCAAAAAGCUGAGUUUGAGAUAAACCAGAGAACCAAUGAUUCAGCCUUUUCUGAUUGGAACAUCUGAGAGAGAAAGUGGUUAUUAUGGUCACUACAGGAGAAUUUAUAAGAUAAUUGGUACGAUGCUUUGGAAUUGAGAUAAAGUAUUGUCAGAUACAAAUGGAGAUUGCGCUUCAAAGUUCUAAGUUCAAAGCAAACACAAAUAGAAUUGCGUGGAGCGAUUCCUGAAGGCUGUCCCACCCUUUUUAGCAGAGGUGGUUCUCUCUCUCUCACCCACACAUUGUACCUGGAUAAUCUGUUUGAAAUUGCAGUCACAUUGUAUCUGGAUAAUCCGUUUGAAAUUCUAGUCACAUUGUCUCUGGAUAAUCCGUUUGAAAUUACAAUCACAAUCCAUGUAUUUUUAUUCAAGCCAUUUGAAGUGAAAUAUUCUACCCUUGAG